ACAGUGGUGAUGGACCUGCUGGAUGUAUUCCUCAUGGCUUUUUCCCUAUUGGUAGUCAGAAAAGUCCAGGCAAAGCCAACCGAGCCUUCUGUCUCUUCUUCAAACUUCACAACCAGCAGUAACAGCACAACUGCAAAGUCAGAAGUGCAAAGGUUACGUUUGAUGGAUGGAGGAAGCCGCUGUUCUGGCAGGGUAGAGUUUGAAGAUGAUGGUAUAUGGGGCACUGUAUGUGAUGACAACUGGGACUUGACUGAUGCCAACGUUGUGUGCCAGCAACUGGGUUGUGGAUGGGCCAUUCAGGCUCUGGAUGCCUCUUUUUUCCAAAAGGGAACAGGCCCCAUCCAUUUGGAUGAAGUGAAAUGCUCAGGGAAUGAAUCUUUUUUGUGGGACUGUCCCUCUGAGAAGAACCAUGACUGUGGGCACAAGGAAGAUGCUGGUGUGGUGUGUUCAGAUCACCAGGAGUGGCGCCUAUCAGGUGGACUAGAUGCUUGUGCUGGCCGAGUGGAGGUCUACUACAAGGGUAUCUGGAACACCGUAUGUGAUGGUAGCUGGUACCAACAACAGGCUGAUUUGCUCUGCCGCUUCUUGAAGUGCAGCAGUGGGGCCUUAGAGCCAAAGGUGCCCUUUGACCAUACACUUCUGGGAAAGAUGUAUUAUGAUUGUUCUGGAAAUGAAAGCUCGCUUGCCCAGUGUUUAUGGCGCUACAACAACUCCAAUCUCUGUGACCAGUCCAGAGCUGCAGGGGUGAUAUGUAAUGGCUCACAGGGUUUGCAGACUUCUACACACUCAAACAGAGUGACUCCAACCUCUGUUCCUUCUCUCCCACUUUUGACCAUUUCUCCAUUUGCAGAUUUGACUAGACCUGAAAAGUCAGAAGACAACACACCAUCAUACCAGAUGUUGCUAAUCCUCUGCAUCGUCCUGGGUCUUCUCCUUUUUUUGGCUGUGCUGACUCUUAUCAUUUUGCUGAAUAAACAAAGGAAACAUGAUACCAUUGCCCAUGCCAUUUCCUCAGCUUCAUUAACGGCUCCAGUCCUAAUGAACCACAGCAUGCAGGUUCCAGGGAUGACCACCGGAGUGAGUAACGACUAUCGGGAAAGCCUUCCCAAAGGAGAAGCAUCAGCAGCGAUGAUGACAUCUCAUACUGAAGAGUCCGACUCUGAUUAUGAACACUAUCACUUCAAGGACAAGCCACCCGUGGCACUCUCUACAUUCUACAAUUCUCUUCGACACCGAGCAGCUGAUACAGACUUUUCUCCCUGCAAUGUCCCCAUGCCCGCUAUGCAGGAGGAGGGUGAGAGCAUGUAUCCUGCCCCAGUGAGCUAUGUACAAAAACAAUCUACAGUUGAGGGCAGCACCAGUACUUCCUCCGGUGAUGAAGAAUGGUAUGAGAACAUUCACAAACGAGAGCAACAAGACAGCCUUCCAAGAAACGAGCCCUCCCUUGAAGGCUUGACAACUGUUUCCCAACCUUUGGUGAACUGCAAGGCUCGCAUUGACUCAUCUGAUAGCAGCGAUUAUGAUGAUAUGUGGUCCUCUGAGUAUUAGGGGAUAAAGCAGCUCUAAGGUUGUGGCUCCAUCUAUCCCUAGUACCUCUUUUCUUCAGAAAAAGAUGCUGAUGAAAAGCCUGAGAACAGAAAUGGACAUUAUUUUCCCAAGCUCCUCUGAGAAGAUUCUCUAUUGUGAAAGAAAAUAAACUGAUCCCAGAAUCAAAUAUCAUCCACAAUGAACUGUCAAUUCCCAGUCCCAUUCUGAAAUUUUCAGAUGAUGAUAUUGUUGGAGAAACCCUAUGUGGAAGGCCACUGAGCUGGAAACGGAUGCCCUUUCCCUGAUCUUGUUUUGUCAGUCAGUGGUGUACCAACACAAAAUAACAGACUGAUCCCUUUAAACCUCAACUCAGAAUCACCUUGCUUCCAGCUUCAAAAUAUAGGCAGCCAAUAUAGAACCUUCUGGAAGCACAGCCAAAUUAUCUUGUGGUAUGUUAAAUCAGCAACACAUACUUCCCAUAUGCCAGCACUUUUAACAGCACUUGUUCUAGGAAUCAGAACCAUCAGGCAGCACUGAGGCAAUCUGUAUUCUGUAGGAUGAAUUCUUAGUUCAUUUCAGGGAGUACUUAAGUUUUAUGGAUAGGCAUUUUUUCCUGGAUGGGAUUAGUGUGAUUGCUACUCCACCAGAAGAAGUGGAGAUCUCCUCUCCAGAAAAUCAUCAUUUCUUAAGAAAGUAUAGAGAGAGUUAAGACUAGAGUGAGGGCAGUUUUGCCAACUCAGGGGGCUACUUUUUGUGUGUGUCUUGUUUUUGCCAAGCACAAUAUGGUAGU